GAGAGCCUGUGUGCGGCAACUAAGACCUGAUGCAGCCAUAAAUAAAUAAACAGACAGAGCCCCAGGCCCUCUGAGAUAAUAAACAGGGGCUGAGUGCUUAGCAUCUCAGCAUGCGGUCCCACUGCCUGGCCACACACAGGACCCACAGUGCGGGGGCAUCGCUGGACAAGGGGCCAGGGAGGAGCAAGCCUGGGCUGGCUGGGCUCCAGCUGAGAAAGCAGAAAGGCUCGGGCAGAAGGCAGUUCAUUUCCUGGGAAGCCUCUGCCUGGACCCAGAUCCCAGUGGAGGGCACCAGCCAUUCACCAUUCACUGAGGAGCAAAGGAAAAAGAGAAGCCAAGGGCCGUGAUUUCUCAGCCAUGACUUUCAUGCAUAAGGGAAUGUGAGGAAUUUCUUGAGGUGGGCAAAGAACGGAAACUGAAGACCUCUGGAAUUCCUGAGCCCUGGACUCCCAGAGCUGGCUGCUCUACAAGGAGCUUGUUACACAGCCCAGACCCCACUCCCGGAGAGCCUGACUCAGUAGUGGGAUGGGCCCAGACUCUGGCUUUCUUAAGCUUCUAGGUGGUUCUGAUGCAAAGCCAGGUUGGCACUGUCUCCUUAUAUGACAGAUGGACAAACUGAGGCUCAGGGAGGGCCCUGAACUUGAUAAAGCCUCUGUGGCUGGGGGUGGCGGAAUCUGGGACUCAAAUCCUGGUGUCAAGACUCCCAUCCCAGUGUUGUCCGCCCUGCCAUUUGCGGGGGGUUCAGCGAUGGAAGAGAAACUUGCCCGUAGCAUCCUCGGCAGGAAGAGCUAAGACCUCAGGCCCACCUCCACCCCCAACCCACCACAAUGUGAAUGGAAAUGAUACAGAGGCAAACUGGCACCCCACAUGCAGGAAGGGGUUCUUAAAGGGCUGCCUUACUGUCACAUCAGUUGCCCAUCACUGGAGGGUUCAGCUACUCGGCUGGAAGGGUUUAGAGAUUCCCGUGUGGGGCAGACAGACCCCGGAGACCCCUCUACUCUGCAGCUCCUGGAUCCUGCGACCAAGUCCGGCCUCAGGAGGCCUGCCGAGAGCCCUCCUGGGACAGAAGACCAAGGGCAGAAAUCACGCCGGAAGAAUGUGUUCCUGCCUGCUUUCCACAGAGCAGCCAGAGGGCGAGGGUGGCUCAGCUCAGGAUCCACAGGAAGGCAUAUGCUUCAUGAACGUGAACCUGCCACAUCCUCUCAGGGCGGGCCAGGAUUUUGGAAGCCUGGCUUGUGGGAUGCAAAGCAGGUAGGCUGGCGGGGGUGGUGUGGACUGGGGCAGGAGCCAGACGAGUCUCCUCCCUCCAGGACCUGGACUGGGCAGCAUGUGCCCGAAGUCCCCUUGGCCAGCCAGGCAAUGCUGAGCCCCCGAGACAACUACAGAGAGUGAGGAGGGCAGCUGCUCAGGUUUUGGUGCGGUUGCAUCUUGUCCUUAAAGCAUUACAUCUGGGGUCUGCUUGAACACCUCCUCCAACAGACAGCUCACCACCUCACAAGCCAGCCUGUUUCACCUUGGCGCAAACCUGAGGGUGGCUGGACUGCCACACCCCUUGGCACCAGCACUCCUGGGGUGGACGGUUUCAUUCAAACAGCGGAAUUAUAAAUCUUAUAAAAAGCAAGACACAUGACGCCAGAGAGAAGAGGCAAACUUGAGUGGUACCGGAGAACACGCUGAGACAGAAACGCAAGUCCUUCGCACACUUAUGGGACACAAAGCCAACAUCUGCAGCCUGGAUUUCCACCCGUAUGGCGAGUUUGUGGCCUCGGGUUCCCAGGACACGAACAUCAAGCUCUGGGACAUCAGGAGGAAAGGCUGUGUGUUCCGAUACAGGGGGCACAGCCAGGCCGUGCGGUGUCUCCGGUUCAGCCCCGACGGGAAGUGGCUGGCAUCGGCCGCAGAUGACCACACGGUGAAGCUCUGGGAUCUGACUGCUGGCAAGAUGAUGUCCGAGUUCCCCGGCCACACAGGCCCUGUCAACGUGGUGGAGUUUCACCCCAACGAGUACCUCCUGGCUUCUGGCAGCUCUGACAGGACCAUCCGUUUCUGGGAUCUGGAGAAAUUCCAGGUGGUGAGCUGUAUCGAAGGGGAGCCAGGGCCUGUCAGGAGCGUCCUCUUCAACCCCGAUGGCUGCUGCCUGUAUAGUGGCUGCCAGGACUCACUGCGCGUCUACGGCUGGGAGCCCGAGCGCUGCUUUGACGUGGUCCUCGUCAACUGGGGCAAGGUGGCCGACCUGGCCAUCUGCAAUGACCAGCUGAUAGGCGUGGCCUUCUCCCAGAGCAGCGUCUCCUCUUACGUGGUGGACCUGACGCGGGUCACCAGGACGGGCACGGUAGCCCCGGACCCCAUGCAGGACAGCCAGCCCCCGGCACAGCAGCCGCCACACCCCAGCGCCCCGCUUCGGCGCAUCUACGAGCGGCCCGGCGCCACCGGCAGCGAGCCUCAGAGGGUGAAGCAGAACUCAGAGAGCGAGCGCCGCAGCCCCAGCAGCGAGGAUGACCGGGAUGAGCGGGAGUCUCGGGCGGAGAUCCAGAACGCCGAGGACUACAACGAGAUCUUCCAGCCCAAGAACAGCAUCAGUCGGACGCCACCCCGAAGAAGUGAGCCCUUCCCAGCACCCCCGGAGGAUGACGUGGCCACAGCCAAGGAGGCAGCAAAGCCCAGCCCAGCCAUGGACGUGCAGUUCCCGGUGCCAAAACUCGAGGUCCUGUCCCGGCCCCCAGUCGUCACUUCCACCCCUGCACCCAAGGCUGAGUCUGCCAUCAUCCCUGCCACCCGGAACGAGCCCAUCGGACUGAAGGCCUCUGACUUCCUGCCUGCCGUGAAGAUCCCCCAGCAGGCGGAGCUGGUCGACGAGGAUGCCAUGUCACAGAUCCGCAAAGGCCAUGACACCAUGUGUGUCGUGCUCACCAGCCGCCACAAGAACCUGGACACCGUGCGGGCCGUGUGGACCACGGGUGACAUCAAGACGUCGGUGGACUCGGCCGUGGCCAUCAAUGACCUGUCCGUGGUCGUGGACCUCCUUAACAUUGUCAACCAGAAAGCCUCCCUGUGGAAGCUGGACCUAUGCACCACCGUCCUGCCACAGAUCGAGAAGCUUCUGCAGAGCAAGUAUGAGAGCUAUGUCCAGACGGGCUGCACCUCUCUGAAGCUGAUCCUGCAGCGGUUUCUGCCCCUGAUCACAGACAUGCUGGCGGCCCCGCCCACCGUGGGUGUGGACAUCAGCCGGGAGGAGAGGCUGCACAAGUGCCGGGUCUGCUACAAGCAGCUCAGGAGCAUCAGUGGCCUCGUCAAGAGCAAGUCGGGCUUGAGCGGCCGCCACGGCAGUGCCUUCCGCGAGCUGCACCUGCUCAUGGCCAGUUUGGACUGAGGAGCCCAGAGGGUGGUGGCACCCUCAGGCCUGGCCUCGGCCCCCCACUCCUGUUCCCUGUGCGCCCACCGGCCCAUGAGCCUCUGCCCGGCCCCCACUGCUGCCUGCGGUCAUCCUAGAGGCGGUGGCGCUGGCCCAUUGGCCACCUCCGCAGCCCUAAACUCUGACAACUUCUCUCCAGCAACAGCUGCCCAGCUUUGUCCGACUCCUGCUUCCUGGGGCAGCGAACCGAGCCCUGGGGCUGCUGCUGUAAUUUAUAAAGUGAAUUUUAUUAAAUUUGUAACUAUU